GUCACAAUGCUGCUCGGAGCUUCUCUAGUGGGGGUGCUACUGUUCUCCAAGCUAGUCCUGAAACUGCCCUGGACCCAGGUGGGGUUCUCUGUGCUGCUCCUCUACUUGGGGUCCGGAGGCUGGCGUUUCGUCCGGAUCUUCAUCAAGACCAUCAGGCGAGACAUUUUCGGUGGCCUGGUGCUUCUGAAGGUGAAGGCAAAGCUUCGCCGGUACCUGCGGGAGCGGAGGACAGUCCCCACGUUGUUUGCGUCCGUGGUUCAGCGCCACCCCGACAAAACGGCCCUGAUCUUCGAGGGCACAGACACCCACUGGACCUUCCGCCAGUUGGACGACUACUCAAGCAGCGUGGCCAACUUUCUGCAGGCCCGGGGCCUGGCCUCGGGCGACGUGGCUGCCCUGUUCAUGGAGAACCGCAAUGAGUUCGUGGGACUGUGGCUGGGCAUGGCCAAGCUGGGCGUGGAAGCCGCACUCAUCAACACCAACCUCCGGCGCGACGCCCUGCGCCACUGCCUCACCACCUCGCGGGCACGGGCCCUCAUCUUUGGCAGCGAGCUGGCCCCAGCUGUCUGCGAGAUCCAUGGCAGCCUGGACCCCUCCCUCAGCCUCUUGUGCUCGGGCCCCUGGGAGGCCAGUUUGGUGCCCACAGGCACAGAGCACCUGGACCCUCUGCUGGACAAGGCCCCUAAGCACCUGCCUGCCCGCCCUGACAAGGGCUUCACAGAUAAGCUCUUCUACAUCUACACGUCAGGCACCACAGGGCUUCCCAAAGCUGCCAUCGUGGUGCACAGCAGGUACUACCGCAUGGCUGCCCUCGUGUACUACGGAUUCCGCAUGCGGCCCGACGACAUUGUUUAUGACUGCCUCCCCCUCUACCACUCUGCAGGAAACAUCGUGGGCAUGGGGCAGUGUCUGCUCCACGGCAUGACAGUGGUGAUCCGGAAGAAAUUUUCAGCCUCCCGGUUCUGGGAUGAUUGUAUCAAGUACAACUGUACUAUCGUGCAGUAUAUAGGUGAGCUGUGCCGGUAUCUCCUGAACCAGCCGCCCCGGGAGGCAGAGACCCAGCACCGAGUGCGCAUGGCCAUAGGCAACGGCCUCCGCCAGUCCAUCUGGACGGACUUCACCAGCCGCUUCCACAUCCCCCAGGUGGCCGAGUUCUACGGAGCCACCGAGUGCAACUGCAGCCUGGGCAACUUCGACAGCCAGGUGGGGGCCUGUGGCUUCAACAGCCGCAUCCUGUCCUUCGUGUACCCCAUCCGGCUGGUGCGUGUCAACGAGGACACCAUGGAACUGAUCCGGGGGCCCAACGGCGUCUGCAUCCCCUGCCAGCCAGGCCAGCCAGGCCAGCUAGUGGGCCGCAUCAUCCAGCAGGACCCUCUGCGCCGCUUUGACGGCUACCUCAACCAGGGCUCCAACAACAACAAGAUCGCUCAGGACGUCUUCAAGAAGGGGGACCAAGCCUACCUCACUGGCGAUGUGCUGGUGAUGGACGAGCUGGGCUACCUGUACUUCCGGGACCGUACAGGUGACACGUUCCGCUGGAAAGGCGAGAACGUGUCCACCACCGAGGUGGAGGGCACGCUCAGCCACCUGCUGGACAUGGCCGACGUGGCGGUGUAUGGUGUCGAGGUGCCAGGAACCGAGGGCCGGGCUGGCAUGGCGGCUGUGGCCAGCCCCGCCAGCAGCUGUGAUCUGGAGCACUUUGCACAGGCCUUGGAGAAGGAACUGCCCCUGUACGCCCGCCCCAUCUUCCUGCGCUUCCUGCCAGAGCUGCACAAAACAGGGACCUACAAGUUCCAGAAGACAGAGCUGCGGAAGGAGGGCUUUGACCUGGCCCUGGUGAAAGACCCAGUCUUCUACCUGGACUCGCGCAAGGGCCGCUACGUCCCGCUUGACCAAGAGGCCUACACCCGCAUCCAGGCGGGCAAGGAGAAGCUGUGACUUCCGCCCCAGAGGGGUCCUGGGCGAUUCCAGACCAAAGCAAGCAGGGCCCGCACCUCAGCCCUGAGGCGCUGACCCCUCCCACCAAAACUGCCACAAGUCCACUGCCGCCUCCCCAGGCCUCCAGGGCUUUCUGUGAAAGCCUUGCAUCCAGUGAUGUCUGGGCCCCUCAGGACAGUGUCUGGAUGGAGCGUGGCAGGCAGCGGUGCAGGAGGGAACUGGUAAAUGGGACCAAGGUAGGCGGCCUCGGACUCAGAAUGCCAAGCGUGGGCAGGACAGUGGUGGCCAUGGGUCCAGUGGCCAGAGGACCCUUGUCUCAGUCCUGUUUGCACCUCCAGGCGGGGAGGGAGCCAGCACAGCCCCAGCUCCCGCCACAGCAGGUCAGGACAGCACCCGCGUCUCUCGAAACCCCCACGUCCUUGUCUGCCUGGGGCUGCCUCGCUGUCCCGAGGGCCUUUUGUCCCUGUGGGUCUCUGUCACCUUUCCCAUCACAAGCGUCGCCGGCUGUGGGAGGAAGGACGAGGGGCAGGGCUCAGGGGCCAAUAAACUCUGCCUUGACUCCGA